AUGGUCAACGAUAUUCCAAUCGCUAACACGCAAUUCAAUUUCGAUGCGGGUUUGAACAGAUCGAAUGAAAACGUUGCUUCUCAAUCGGCAUUCACUAAAUACGAUGAAGAUGAAGAUGAAACUGACGACGAUACCAAGAGAAGACAAGCGAACUACAAAAAAAUGAUGCAGGACUAUGCGAUUCUUAAAGUGCCGAAUCCGUUCGUUUCGGAUGAGAUAAAUCGUGCUGUGGCUGCCGAAAAGAAGCGUAACCGUGCCCUCCUUGCAUCAAUGGAUCUUUCCAAUAAAGCCACUAUUCAAAAUUUGGCAAUGGACUCUUUUUCUGUUCCCAACAUGAACCCCGACUCUACAACAGCUACGCAUCAAUAUUCUGGAAGUACGCCGAAUCUUUACUCACGUGCUCAAACGGAUCCCAUUUCUGGAAUGGUGACUUAUCAGAAUUCCGCUCCUAUCAUUAACCAAAAUUCGGAUAAUAUCAUGAAUUCAAACACCGGCUCUAUGAUGUUCCCCAAUUCUUGCCUUGCCUCGAUUGCGCACUCCAGUGGUGACAUGAAUCCAAACGCUGGUGCUGGCCUGUAUACCAAUUCUGGAGGGACCCCGAUUACUUACUCUGGUGAUUUGCUUAAUUUGACCACAUGCGCUCUCAUGGGUCCCAAUUCUGGCUCGGUACCGAUUUCUUACUCUGGUGGUGUCAUGAAUCAAAACACUGGCCCUCUCAUGCAUCCCAAUACUUGCGCUGUCCCGACACCAUACUCGAAUGGUGUAAUGAACCCCAAUCCAAUGUUCGGCAUGCCUCCGGUCACUCCCCACAGCAUGGCUGCUGCCAAUAUUUCAUAUCAAUCUCUUUUCCAAAAUCCUAUCAGUGGGCAGCCAAUGAAUUUCCCAAUUUGGCCACAAAUGACGAUGCAGCAGGCUCCGGGAAAAGCACCGCGGGCGCCUCGUUUUGCUGAGACGCAAAAUCAACCGAGACUCAAAAAACCCGCGGGACCGAAAAGACCGAAGCCAACGGCUACACCGGCAGCACCACAAAUGUCUGCGAACUUUGCUCCCCCAUUCAUGCCAUAUCAAAUGCCGGGAAACAUGGCAAACGGUUUUCCGAAUAUGACUGGUCAAAUGCAGCAAAACAGAGCAUAUCCAGCGGCACAAUUCCCAUAUGGCCCAAUAAAUGCAAUUCCAGGGGUCGACAUGCAGUUCCUCAAACAGUGGCACGAUUUGCAAAAAUCGUUUGUCGAUCAGUUCAAUUUUUUCAAUGGUGCAUGGCCAACCAUGAUGCCGAAAAAGCAAUGA